AUGCAGCAGGAGGAGCAGUUUUGGAAUGAGACGCUGGCCGAAGGCGGCGGCAUGGUGGUGGCGGGCGGCGGGCUGACAGGCGCCACUGCAGGCGGCGGGCGGCUGUUCUUUGACCUGUCCCCGCUGGCACGGCUGCACCCGGGGGUGGACCCGGCGGAGGAGGUGGAGGGGCGCCUGCGCCCGGGGCACGACCUGGGGCGGUCGCUGGCGAUAGAGUCGCUGGACGUGAUAGCGAGUGAGCUGAGGACACGUGGGUUUGUGAUGAUGCUCAAGGGGGACGACUGCCCUGAGACCCAGCUGCCCCGCCAGACCAACAUCACCUUCAUCUGCGACCCCGCCGCUGGGCACGGGCAGCCGGAGCAGUGGACGAGUGGAGGGCGCAUGGCGGCGUUUAACCCGCGCCCUGGGGUACCCCGACAAGACAUUGUUAAGGUGGAGGCUGCCGGGUGCAACGAGAACAAGCGCGUCACGUACAAGUAUAAGCACCCCCGGGUGUGUCAGCCGAACCCCAUGACUCCCCUGCCGGACGAUGUGAUGUGCGAGCCGUGCACGGCGGAUGACUACGACCGCUUUGAGGGCGAGUGCGCAGAUGACGACGGCAAGCACAACGUGACGUACCUCUGGCACCAGCCCAUGCUCUGCAACGAGUCCCUCCCUGGCUCCGUUCAACUGCCGGCCGAUGAGGUCGCUGGCGAGUGCACGUACAAGAUCAAGUAUGUGCCGUCGGAUAAGCUGAGCUGGCAGUACAUUGUGGUGUUUGCGGUGUCAGGCGUGAUGAUCGUGGUGUUUGGCGUGAUGGCGCUGAUGACGUGGCUCAAGAGCCGCAAGCUGCAUGCCAUGUAUUCGCGGCUGGUGGAGCAGGAGAUGAAUGCGGUGGAGGACGAGAUGGAUGACAUGGAUGGCGAUGAUGGUGGUGUCACGGAAGGGAAGCGCCUCACAGAGUCUGAGGAGGAUGAUUUUAAAUUGUCUGCUGGCUUAUUUACCGUAUUAGUCUUAGGCUCAGGAAUGGCGAUGUCGAGAUUUCUUGCCCUUGCUUGCGCGCUCCCGCUCCUCGCUCUCCUCGUGUCUUCACACAUCGACAGCGUCUCCGCUGACGUUUCUCUCGUGGGAUUCUCCUCCUCGGACGUCAUUAGCUAUGCAGGCGAUCUGGCUGAUUCAGGCGCCUCUGUGUCGUCGUUAGCAUCAUCGACGCGGCGCGUGUUGGACGACGACGACGAGGAGGACAAGGCGAAGAAGGAGGCGAAGAAGAAGAAGAAGGAGGAGGAGAAGGCCAAGAAGGAAGCGGAGAAGGCGGCCAAGGAAGCCGCUAAGAAGUCUAAGGGCUCCAAGUCGUCCCCUCCUCCCCCCGAGCCCACGCCGUCCCCGCCGACCCCCACCACCACCAAGUCCCCCAAGUCCCCCAAGACCCCCAAGACCCCCAAGACGCCUGCUCCGCCGAAGAAGGUGAGCGCGGCGGACACGGCCGUGAAGGCGGACCUGGUGGCGGCGGCGAAGCUGGUGGACGAGGCGAACGCCGUGUUGACCGUGAAGACCUACAAGAAGAGCUUGACCGACACGGCGCAGGCGCUGCGCAACGCGGGCAUUCUGAUCGACCAGGGGCAGCGCACGCUGGUGGCGGGGCAGAUUACCAAUGCCAUCUCCACCAUUAAGGGCGUCUCCGUUAUGCUCAAACCCGCUACCGAUAAAGCCACGCUCGGCCUGCUUAAGUCCGCGCAGGCCAAGGCGGAAUCCGCGCAGACCGCUUGGAAGCCCUAG